AUGUCAAUGUUAUUAUAAUCCUCUUCCAUUCUCUUUUGUUUCAUGAAUAUUUAAUUAUUAUUUAUAGAAUUUGUAUUAAGUAAUUUUAGAUUAAUAGACAGUUUUGAAGAAAAUAAAUGAAAAUGUUAAAUAAAAGUUAAACACUAUACUUUUAAUUGGUAACACAGGCUCAGGAAAAAGUUUUAUAUUUAAUUGGGUAAGUGGUGCAAAGUUUGAAUAUUCAAAUGGUGAAUUAAAAUUUAUUUAAAGUGAAGGGUAGAAUUUUUCAGUAUAAAGCAAUGCAAUGUAAUCAGUUACUUAUAUACCAAAUUUCAAUAAAAUUGAUGAAGAUUAUCUUAUAAUAGACUUUCCAGGUUUUAAAGAUAAAAAGGGAAAAUAUUCUUAAUUAUCAAUAAAAUUAAUGUUUGAUGAAAUAGUAACUAAAACAAAUGUUAAAAUUGCAGUUGUUCUAUAUUAACCUACUACUAAAUUAGAAGAAAGAGGUGCUCAUAUUUAAGAAUUUAUAUAAUCUGCAUUCACAUCAUAAAACACAAAAUUUGAUUCUAUAGGCUUGAUAAUAAAUAAAUUUUCAAAAAAAGUAUAUGAAGAUUCCAUUAAACAGAUUCAAAAGUAAAUUAUUGAAAAAUCAUUAGUGGAUAAAACAAAUGAAAAUGUCUAUUAAGCACUUUCAAAAUAAAUAAUAAUAAUGGAAGAUGUUUAUUAUGACAAUAUAGUAGAUGUUCUUUCAGAGAAUGCAAGAUAAUCUGUUAUUUCUAGACUUAAAUAAAUAUCACCAAUUUCUUAUUAACCUGAUUAUUAAGAUGAGAAUCAAGUAGUUAGCUCAUAUAUUAAAUAAGAAUUAGAAAAGAUUUUUAAAAAAUAUAAUAAGACAUUAUAAAAAUAGAAAGUAGAUGCAAAAUCAAAUAAAUAUCAAUUAUAAAAUUUUAUAAAUACUCUAAAAGAUUUAAUCAAAUAAUUGAAUGAAAUUUCAUAAAAUGAUUGUGAUCCUCAAACAUAAUUGAUUAAACAUUUCAUAUCAAAAAUAGAAUAAAGCAAAGAUGAGAAACAAUCCUAAGAAAAGUUUUUUUGUAUAUAUUAGUAUUUCUUUAAAUAUAAAGAAUCUAUAUCAGGUUAUCAAUAUUUUAAAGACAAAAAAAAGUAAUUAAAAAAGAUAAUAAAAUUAUUUAUUGAUGAAUUACAAGAGGUAAAAUAUAAAUUAUUAUAUGAAAGAGAACUAGAAAUAAUGAAAAUUUAAAUGGAGCAAGAACGAUUAAAAUUUGA